AUGGUUUCAGCUAUGUGGGACACUUCAGCGUUAAAGUUGAGAAACAUAUUCGAAGAAGAGUUCGGCGGUUAUUUAGAGAAGAGACUAAGAGAAAGCAUACAAUUGAAUAGGCCGACAAAGAGGUACUUGAAAUUGGCUACUCGGAGUGAUAUUGAUUUAAAGUUUCACAAAGUCGGCAAGAAGGAAUCAAAUGGAUCAUCUUUGGUGAAAUAUAUCAUUGAAUUCGAUACCACUGCAAUUUUAGUCAAAGGAUACAUCCGGCCCUGGAAUAAUCCGGAAUGGAAAUGCAAGGCACCAUAUAACAGCAAUCAGAAUGUAGAUACAAGAUCACUAUACAAAGAAAAGAUUAUAGUUAGAGAUAAUGUGAAAGAUUUGUUCAGUGCUGCCUUAACAAAGUUGGACCUUUCUGUUAGGUUGAAUAAAUUCGAUCAAAAUGUACAUGCUAAAUAUCGGUUAAAUGAGGACUUUUUACAACCGCUAGGGAGAACACUUAGACACUCUUGUGAAUUUCCAGUAAUGCAUAGCAGGUUGGUACAACGAGAAUCGGAACUUUAUGAAGAGUUUUUAUCUUAUGAUCUUCCGAAGCGCCAGAUGACAACAAUGGACAUACAGUUUAAAACAGUAAAGGUACAAUCUUUUCAGCAGUACAAAAUCCAGUACAUCCAAACUUUAACGAGGGAAAAAACGAGUCAAGAAUACACUUCGUCGGCCAGAUUACCGCAUUGGCAGUCGAAUCAAAUUCAGAAUAGCAGUAUCAAGUUUUUAAAGCUUUGUUGUGAAGAUGAGGAUUUUCAUCCACUGGAGUUAUACAAGCUUGAGAACCCCAAAGCUGAUCAGUUCCAGAGGAAAGCAGUUUACAGGAGUAAGCCUAUUAAGCCAAAAUGGAGGAUAAGUGACGAAAUUAUCAAAAGACUAAAUUGGAAUCCAUUCAAAGAGUUAAACUUGCCAAAAAACUCGGAACUACUUGAAUCAUUAAGAGAUGUACAAGUUAGAUGUACGUCCUAUGCGCUUGUCUUCAAAAGAAUUCCAAGUUCCAAAAUUGAUUUGAUGGUAUCCAAAAUUCCCGUUAGCUUCAGGAGUGUAAAUGCUAUCAGUUAUGAUCAGUUCGAUCCAAAAUCUAAAGAGAAUGUCCAAGAGUCUAGUCAGUGUAUUGAUUCUCUUGCAAAUGAGGAAACUACUGACGUCGAUGAAGUGACAAACAAAAGGAUAAUGACAAGUGGGAAACGCUCUUUCAUAAACGCAGAUUUAGUAAGCAUAAUAGCAGCCAAACGGUCCAAAUUGAAGAGACUCUCCAUAUCUAAUGGUGAUGUUAACCCAGUUGCUACUCUGAACGAGACAGUUGAGCAAUCUACAAUGUCCAAUGUCACUUUCCAAUUAAGCGAUAAAAGUUUCCAUAAUGCUGAAGAGAAAGUAAUCAUUUUUAAUGCAGAGUAUAUUGCCAAAAACUACAAGUUGAUCAAUUUCUUACAUCAGAACAACUUUUGUGUGCUUGAGAUGGAUUUGGGGGAUCAUUCGGAUAUCUUGUUAGACGCAUCUACCUGUCUCAUUCUUCGAAAUAUUACUUCAGUGUAUCAGAAACAGGUCGACAGCUUCCCGUUACUCCGAGCAAUACAAGAAUUGAAGUGUAAAUAUAAAAGAGUGGUAAUCUUCUUAUCGUACUCAGAACGAUCGUUAGCGUUAGAUUCCAACUUAGCUUACAAGACCCAACUUUUAUUAAACUGUCUCGGUGGGACAACAACUCAUCUAGUUGAGGAAACACAACUCAAAUUAACAGCAACGUGGAUUUCAUUAUAUUGUGGUACCAAUACGCCCAAUGAACAGCAAAUUUAUCGCAUGAGCCUUAGCAAAGAGGUCUUACAACAUUUCGACAUCAAUCCAAUCGCAAUUGAAAGUAUUCUGUCACUCACCUCAUUAGAAGAAUUCUUAUCAAUAAGUUAUGGAAAAAGAGCCCUACUAUAUGGCAAAUUUCUCACAGAAUACCAACUAGCUCAUAUUGAUGAUUUUGUGACAAUGAGUUGGUCAGAGUAA